CUCCAGGAAGGGUGGGGCGACGGCCUGACCCGGACGGACGGGUGGGUCGGGAAGGCCGCCUCUUCCUCUUUUCUCCUUUCUCCCCUCGGGUUCCUGCCCAGAGAGCUGCUGCGAUUCCCUGAGGGUGUGGUGAUCUGCUGGUCUGCUUACAGCCAAGGCACGCGUGGACCUGAGCUGGUCUGAAUAGAAGCAGAAGCGAGCCUAGCUGGGAGUGCACCCUGGGACAGCCUGGGCUCCCUCGAGGGCCCCGGCGUCGCACGCCCAGCCAUGCAUUACCCGGCGGUGCUCCUGCUUCUCCUGCCUGGUGGGGUCGAGGCCUUUCGCAUCUGUGCCUUCAAUGCCCAGCGGCUGACGCUCGCGAAGGCGGCCAGGGAACAUGUGAUGGACACGUUGGUCCGGAUCCUGGUUCGCUGUGAUAUCAUGGUGCUUCAGGAAGUAGUGGACUCUUCUGGCAGUGCUAUGUCCCUCCUACUUCGAGAACUCAAUCGAUUUGAUGAGUCCGGGUCCUACACCUUGCUGAGCAGCCCCUCGCUGGGGCGCAGCACGUACAUGGAGAAGUACGUGUACGUCUACCGGUCACACAAGACACAGGUCCUGGAUUCCUACGUGUACAAUGACGAGGAUGAUCUCUUCGCCCGGGAGCCCUUUGUGGCCCGGUUCACCUUCCCCAGCAAGGUCCUCCCCAGCCUGGUGCUGGUCCCACUGCACACCAGUCCGAAGGCCGUGGAGAAAGAGCUGAACGCCCUGUACGAUGUGUUUCUGGACGUCUCCAAGCACUGGCAGAGCAAGGACAUGAUCUUGCUUGGGGACUUCAACGCUGACUGCACCUCGCUGACCAAAAAGCGCAUAGGUGAGCUGGUGCUGCGGACUCAGGAAGGCUUCCAUUGGGUGAUCCCUGACGAGGAGGACACCACGGUGCGCGCCAGCACCCACUGCGCGUAUGACCGCAUCGUGCUGCACGGCGAGCGCUGCCAGAGCCUGCUGCGCUCCGCUGCCGCCUUUGACUUCCCCGGGAGCUUCGGACUCACCGAGGAGGAGGCCCUCAACGUCAGCGACCACUACCCUGUGGAAGUGGAGCUGAGCCGGGCGGCACGCAGGGUCCAGCCUCUCGGCCUGGCCGCCGCUCUGUUGCUGCUGCUGCUGCUGCUUCCCUAACUGGGCCUGCUGCCUACAGACGUGAGGACGGUGCUGCCUUCAGGACUCAAAUCCUGGUCUCUGCCAUCUGCUCUCGGACGGCUUUGGGGUCCAGAGACUCCUGAGGGCGUCAUCUGCAGCCCUCCUCCAUCUGACUAGAGCUCUGCCCCACUGGACUGUGGCUCUCCUCCAUCUGUCUCUUCUUAGGUUUGGCUUGCGUUCUUUGAUCGGGCUCCUGGCUGGCAUUAGAAUGUAGAAGAGGAAGGCAGGGAGGGGCCCUGAGGCUAGACCCAUGCCACUGUGUCCCCAG